AUGGCAAAGAAUAUUUUGGUCAUUGCUUUGAUCUCAAUGUUCAUGAUGUUUUCAGUUCAAUCCUUUAUCGACGAUAAAUCGAUUUCGCCCGCCCUAAUGAAAGACUUCGAAGCGGCUUUCGUGCCGGGUUCGGAUGUUUCCGGACCAGCUAUGGACUUCACGAAGGGAAAAUCCUCGUCAUGGGGUGGUUGGACCUCAACAUUCAGCGGUAUUCAGAAUAGGUUUGAGAACCUUUUUUCUUCAUCACCAUCUUUGGUACCGACGUUGACGCCGGCACCGAAACUGGCUCCAACAUUGAUAUCGGCUCCGACACCAAAAACUGCAGAAUCACUUCAUAAAGGAUUCAAUAGCGUUGAUCAGAAUAGGUUUGAUAACCUUAUUUCUUCUUCGUCAUCUUUGGCAUCGACAUUGGCACCGACAUUGGCAUCGACAUUUGCACCGACAUUGGCAUCGACAUUGGCACCAACAACUGCAGAGUCACUUCAUAAAGGAGACACCAGCGGUAUUCAAAAUAGGCUUGACAACCCUUUGUCUUCGUCAUCAUCUUUGGCACCGAUAUUGGCUCCGACACUAACACCGACAACCGUAGAGUCACUUCAUAAAGGAGACAUCAGCGGCAUUCAGAAUAGGUUUGAUAACCUUUUAUCUUCAUCACCAUCUUUGGCACCAGCAUUGGCCCCGACAUUGACUUCGAAACUGACACCGUCAACUGUAGAGUCACUUCAUAAAGGAGAUAUCAGCGGUAUUCAAAAUCAGGUUGAGAACCUUAUUUCUUCAUCACCGCCAGCAUUGGCUCCGACGUUGACAUCGAUAUUGACACCAGCAACUCUAGAGUCACUUCAUAAAAAGACAUUGACACCAUCAAAAGUAGAAGCACUUCAUAAUGGAGACAUCAGCGAUAUUUCAAAUGAUAUCGAAGAUCUUCUUUCUGCAUCAUCAUCAUCAUCAUCUUAAUCUUCAUCUCCAACACCGGCACCGGCAUCGGCACCGACACCACCAACUACAGAGGAGGUUUGAGCUGAAGUUACCACAUCAUAAAGGAUACAUCAUGUAUGCUUAAAAUAAUAUCAAAGCAUGCUAAUGUAAUAUAUUUGGAGUAAUUCAAUUGAUUCUCCUCCAAUAAUGAUGGCGAUUUAAUAAAAGAAUCAAUGCUUUAUUUUUUUUA